CGUAGAAAGCCUAUCCAUUUAACAAAGAAUAUCAAACAAAGUCUUGUUUUUCUUUUAAUCUUUUUUUUUAUGGCUGCCUUCAGUAGUAACCUCUGAGCUUGAGGGAAACUCAUGUCCAUGGCGCUAAUUGUCCGGCCAUUCUUUGUUCCUGGAAGUGCUGGAAUUUCUGGGAGUAGAAACAUAUGCAAGAAAAAUCAAUGGAGGAAGUAUCUUCUGAAACCCAGUGGAUCAUCCAUUAAUUGCUCAUUUAGUACAGAGAAGAAUCCUCUAUUACCAUCUAUCCAGCAGUUAGCCGAUGCUCGUCUCAUAUACAGUGUAUCUGCAGCAUUGGGUCAUAACAAGGAAUCACAUCCAGAAUGCAGCGCUAGAGUUCCUGCCAUUGUUAAUGCUCUCGAGAUGAAUGAGCUCACUCCUAAGUUCCGUGGCUCACAGAUUCUUGAACUCGCAAAUUUCAAGACUGCAACUGUAGAAGACAUUGCAAAUGUUCACGACAAGGCUUAUGUCUUUGGCCUAGAAAAGGCAAUGGAUGAGGCUUCAGAUUCGGGACUAAUUUUCAUUGAAGGCUCUGGACCAACAUAUGCCACUUCAACGACAUUCCAAGAUUCACUUAUCGCAGCAGGAGCCGGAAUGGCUUUAGUUGAUUCAGUGAUCGCAGCAUCCAGAAACAGCGUAGAUCCACCCAUUGGUUUUGCAUUGAUAAGACCUCCUGGGCACCACGCCGUGCCAAAAGGUCCGAUGGGGUUCUGUGUUUUUGGUAAUGUGGCAAUCGCAGCUCGUCAUGCCCAACGCACACAUGGUCUGAAGCGCAUCUUCAUAAUUGACUUCGAUGUUCACCACGGGAAUGGCACAAAUGAUGCAUUUACUGAGGACCCUGAUAUAUUCUUUUUGUCAACUCAUCAGGACGGAAGCUACCCUGGAACAGGGAAAAUCAGUGACAUAGGUAAAGGAAAAGGUGAAGGUACCACUCUAAAUUUACCUUUGCCUGGAGGUUCAGGUGAUAUUGCAAUGAGAACCGUUUUUGAAGAAAUCAUUGUUCCAUGUGCUCAACGGUUCAAGCCAGAUAUUAUUCUUGUUUCUGCUGGGUAUGAUGCUCAUGUCCUGGAUCCACUAGCAAAUUUACAGUUCACGACCGCAACAUACUACUCAUUGGCAAAAGAUAUAAAGCGGUUAGCAAAAGAAGUAUGCGGAGGGCGGUGUGUGUUUUUCUUGGAAGGAGGAUACAAUCUUGAAUCACUUUCAUCAUCUGUGGCAGACUCGUUUCGAGCAUUGCUUGGAGAAGAUAGCUUGGCAUCAGAGUUUGAUAACCCAGCUUACUUGUACGAUGAACCAAUGAGAAAGGUGCGAGAUGCAAUUCAGAGAGCCAAAAGCAUUCAUUGCUUAUAAGGUGAAUUUGUUUGAGAAGUUCUGCAUCUUAGUCGUCUUAAACUGCCUGCCUACUUAUGUUUUCUUUUGUAAAAAUAUCAUUGUAAACAUUGUUGAUUAGAAAAUUAAAGUUAUGUAAACAGAAAUGAUUAUGGUUUUUGCUUAUAUAUUUAAAUCAGGGACAGCUAUUUCUAGUGACC